AAAAUACAGUAACAGUAACUCGUAAUUUGCAAAUGAUCUUUUUCAUAAGCAAAGAGAGAUGUGUUAAGAAUUUAGAGUGAAAAUCAUUAUUUACUGAAGUUGGAACCUAAUUAAGGUUAAAUAUCUAAUUAGCUCGGAAAUUCCAAAUUAUAGUUUAGUGGAAUUUUUUACGUCACUUGAGCUUAAACAUAUUGUUUGUUGCUUAAAAGUCAAAAAUGGUUAGACUUUAUGCUUUAACGAUCCUUUAUAAGGGACAAACAUCGGCGACUGCCCUAAAAUGUGCCUACGAUGUUGACUCUUUUUCAUAUUUUCAAAGAAGCAGCGUCAAAGAGUUCAUGGCAUUUGUCAGUAAAACCAUAACAGAAAGAACGCAAGUUGCUGCAAGGCAGAGCGUAAAAGAAGGAGAAUACAUGUGUCAUGUUUAUGUACGAGGAGACAGUUUAGCGGGAGUUUUAAUAUCAGAUCAUGAAUAUCCAAAUCGAGUAUCUCACACUUUAAUUACAAAAGUGUUGGAUGAAUUUACAACAAGAUAUUCUCCGAGCACGUGGCCUACAUUAAAUGAAUCGGCAGUUGAUUUUCAACAAAGUAAUGUUUAUUUGGCAAAAUAUCAAAAUCCAAGGGAGGCCGAUUCUCUGACAAAAAUGCAAAAUGAUUUAGAUGAAACGAAAAUCAUUCUGCAUAGUACAUUGGAGGCAGUUUUGCAGAGAGGGGAAAAAUUGGAUGAUUUAGUUUCAAAAUCAGAGGGCCUUAGCAUUCAGUCGAAAGCCUUUUAUAAAACAGCCCGUAAAACUAAUUCCUGCUGCAGUUUGACAGCUUAGAAAAAUUCUCUUAUUGUAAUAAUAAUUUUAAUUAACAUUGUGUCACUCUCAAUGUAUAAGGAAAGUAAUGAAAAUUGAGAUGAAGGAGAGCGAAAUGAAAUUAAACAUCGUCAAUAAUGGAAAGAAAAGUCUUUGAUCUAAUUCAAAGAUUAAGCUGCAAUUAAAGCUUCUGUGAAUGCGAAACAUGUUCUUAAAACUGAACCAAAGAAGCAAUAAAACAAAAAUGGUUUCAGAACAACUAAAUGGAAAGUCUGGCAGUGCCAAAAAAAAAACGAAAAUCAAUAUGAGCGCUUAUUCUGUAAAUAGAUAUUUUAGCUUUGCUUUCUCCAAUAUUAAUUUCUCAGGUAAAAAUGAGAUACUCACUGCCAGUUCCAAAAAUGGAAAUCAUCUAAUUUUUAUGAAUUAGUGAAACGGACCUAAUAUCAAACAAAAAAGAACAUUCCUAACAUGUUAAAUCCAAUUAGAAAAUUAAUUUUUAAACUUUUUGUUUUUCUACAGGCUCUAUGUUCUUUAAAUUCUCCAUUCCUGUUUGUUUUGAUUUCACAAGUUUUUUCUACUUCAACUAUUAACAGAAUCUCCUUGAAAGGAUUGUUGCAAUUUUUCGCACAAAUAAUAGGGCGACACUUAAAAAAAAAAAUUAAUAAAUCUUAAUAAUCCAUAACGUCCGAAAAAAAUCUGUUUACUAUCUGACAAAAAAAAUUAUGACCGUGUUAAACGUUAAGUGUCAUACUCUAUUGGUGUUUGUGUCUGCUGACGUUUUAAUUAAGAAAGAUUGAAAAAAAGAAGAAUAGAUAUUUACCGCGAAAAAAAAGAGUGUACUGAGUCUCGUUAUAACGUCGGAAAUUUAAGUAAAUGUAUUUGAAGAUAUAUAUGUAUUAUAAUAUAUGUACAAUAUAAAAUUCCCUACAAAAAAAAAAAUCUUUAUAACUAUAAAGUUGAAACAGAUGUUAAUUCUGCUUCGAGAAUAAUUUAAAUACAACAAUCUAUUUUUAAGUGUUGCAAA